UUGUUAGUACCAUAGUCUUAACGAAUUAAUCAUGCUUAUUCCAAGAGAAGAAAGAAAGAAGAUCCACCAAUACCUCUUCCAAGAAGGUGUCGUUGUCGCCAAGAAGGACUUCAACCAACCAAAGCACGAAGAAAUUGACACCAAGAACUUGUACGUCAUCAAGGCUUUACAAUCCUUGACCUCUAAAGGUUUCGUCAAGACCCAAUUCUCAUGGCAAUACUACUACUACACCUUGACUGACGAAGGUGUUGAAUUCUUGAGAACUGAAUUAAACAUUCCAGAAGGUAUCUUACCAUUAACCAGAUUGAAGAAUGCCCCAGCUGAAAGACCAAGAGCUGGUCCAAGAAGAGGUUUCAGAAGAUCUAGAGAUUAAAUAAAAUAAUGGGCAUUUGUUUAUGAUGAAGAAGUAACGGCCUUUGUAAUCUGAUAGGUUAUGCAUAUGAUUAUAGAGAAUGUUAUAAGUUGUAUUUUAUUUGCCAGGAAAAAGGUUUCUAUUAUUAUUUUAUUUUCUUUACUUUUUACUUGUGGUUGUCGUUAGUGAUGACUAUGUGUAUAUUUUUACCUUCUAUUAUUAGUAGAAGAAACUUUUAAUAUAAAAAGGCUUAUUGUAUAACUAGCGAACUGUAUGUAGAAAUGUGUGUCGCCUCGUAACCUAGCUGUCAGCUCAUUGUUUCACUGCCUCGUCUACUGUGCCGCCUUAGUGUUUCCCCCCUAAACUACUAUUGUCAUGUGACCAAGAGUCAUGCGUGGAGAAAUUCCUUUUUUUGCUGGCAGGUGGAGUGCUGUUGAUAUUUUUAUGGUUGUCAAGCUAAAUUUAACCACUCCAGGCUAUAGUUACCGCCCCGGUUUCACAGUCAACUUGAAAU